AUGACACAGGACAGUGAUAAGAAGGUAGAAAACAAAAGUGCUGAUAUUAGUGAUAUUUCAUCCCCACAAAACUUUGCUCAAGCUUGGAAAGAUAUACAGAAAGGUGAAUUACAAGCCGAUGAACUAGAAAGAAAAUUAGAUUUAAUAGAAAGUCAAAUGGAUGAAUUUUUAAAGCAAUUAGAUUCUAUGAAUCCUUCAGCGGGUAUUUCAGACUCAACACCUUCUACAGAACAAAAAUGA